AUGACUUAUUACACCAUUUGGGCAAACAACCUAUACCCAGGCCUUUUGUUUCAUGAUUUCGCCAGAAGAGUAAUAAAUCCAGCAAAGUCCACAACAGUGAGAUCAUUGAUGGAUCAAUGGAGUAACGAAUAUCGGGAGAGAAGACAGGUUAGAUUGGAUGUGAGAAAUGAGUUAUCAGGCAAGACAGUAGGAGACGAUGAUGGCAGUGAUGCAAAUCAACCCAGUGGAGCGGCAGAAGACGAUGAAUCAUCAGAAGACGAUAACCGACCCUUGUUCUUUCCCAUAACCAAAACCAACCAAGCCAGUUUUGUUGCCAACACUUCAGCCAAGAAAACAGCUAAACCAAAAGGCAAACCCAAAGCAAAACCAGUGGCCAAACCAAACACAAAGGCUGCCAUUGACGCAGGCGAUGAAGAGGACGACGAUGAGCAACCCUUGUUUACAUCUUCGCAACAACAACAACAACAACAUAAUAACAAGCGCAAAAUUGUCUUGGAUGACUCAUCAGAUGAGGAGGACACUUAUAAUAUGAGCCGAUCCAGUGCAUUAGCCUUGAUUAUCGAAAGAAAAAGAAAGAGAGAGCAAGCACUACGAGAGAAGCAAGAGAGAUCCACUCGACCUCAGCCUAGCACAAGUCGAUCCAUCAUUGAGGAUUACGAUGAUGAGCCUGCACUGUUUGAUCUUCAGAACAAGGACGAAAACGUUAAAUUGGCUCUGUCAGACAGUGAACUUGCUGCUCUCAGCCUCCCCACGCAACAACAAAAAGAUCCGUUCAGUGCAAACAAUGAAGAUCCAGUGGAAAAUGUCCCAUUAGCACUGACUGAUGCCGAGCUCUUGGAAUUGGGGUUACCUGCUAAUAAGCCAGUCGAUGUGACAAGAACAACAACAGCGGCUGCAGCAGCAGACGACACGACAGCAACAAACAACACCCAGCAACAACAUUUAGAACAAGAAGAGCAGUUUUCUGAUAAUGAGCUAUUUGACAUUCAUGAGGCCUGA